CAACCCUCCACUCCAUCCAUCCACCUAGAACCCCGUGACAAGGUGACCACCUUGGCUUCUAUUUUCUUCACAUCGACAGAACUCACAGCUAGUGUUUCCCUACAUCUCGCUCAGCUCUGCGCACAUACUGCGGAACAGUUGCUCCGUCACACUUCGGCUCCAAUGACUACUUGAAGUCACUCCCUCAACGGCUCCUGCCCGAUUAAUUCAACGACAUCUAGUUUCUCACUUCGAGUUCCCCGAUUCCCACGACUUCCAGCGAAUAUCUUCAAUCCGAGUGCACCAUGGCGACCGACGACGGGCGAUCGAAUGCGGGGCCAUUCGCAGAGGCACACGACAUGACCACGCAGGCGCAGGACGACCUCUCCAACUCGAGAACACUAGACAAAGACGAUGGCGACACGUGCCGAAUAUGCAGAGGGGAGGGCACCGCAGACGAGCCCUUGUUCUUCCCAUGCAAAUGCAGCGGCAGCAUCAAAUACGUCCACCAAGAGUGCCUGAUGGAAUGGCUGUCGCAUACACAAAAGAAACACUGCGAGCUGUGCAAGACCUCGUUCCGCUUCACCAAAUUAUACCACCCCGGCAUGCCGAACCGUAUACCCACGACCGUCUUCGUUCGCCGCGCCGCCCUACACGUCCUCAACGUUUUCGUGACCUGGUGUCGGGGCGUCUUGGUGGCUGCUGUAUGGCUAUUUCUGCUUCCCUGGUGUAUGCGAAUGGUCUGGAGCAGCCUGUUCUGGGUCGGCGAUGGCGGAUGGUCUCGAGAUAUGUUCACAGACUUAACGGAGCCUGCCGAAAUACCCAGGCCUUCUCAUCCUGAAGUGGAGAAAGUCCGCUCUGCUCUCGAGGCCGUCAAGGCCACCAACACGACGCAGAAUUUGACGCUGUCGAAGCUGCUCAUGUCCAUCUCGUACUCUCCUAGCAAUGCUACUGCUGGCGAUUCAGCAUUCUGGACGUUUGCGAAACGAGUCCUCUUCGGCGUUCCGUACCCCUUCGCUCAGAUCACCCACUUCUCAACACCUCAAACUAACCAGACAGGAUCCAACUCGACUUUGGAUCCUCUUGCCACUCGGAGCCCAUCGUUGCUUUCCGAUAUACCCUUUUUCAAUUGGUUCCAGUCCCAAACAGCAAAUCGGUUCAUAAUAGACGUACUCGAAGGCCAGAUCAUUACGCUAUUUGUGGUAGUCGCUUUCAUAUUGAUCUUCCUCAUUCGCGAAUGGGUCGUUCAGCAACAGCCCGUCAUCAACAUGGUUGCCCUCGGAGACAAUGCUGCUGCGGCUCAGAGGGCUGCGAACCAGGACAAUGAAGGACAACAAGAAGUUGUAGCUGAAGAGAAUGAAGCACACGGCGCUCAACCUGCUCGAGACGAUGAAGUUAUUGCUCCUGGGGAGGCAGUCGCAGACAUUGAUGCCCAGGAGCCGCCUGAGCCUACGAUACGUCACACCGAUGACAUGCCGGACAGCAUAAGAAGAACUUUGCAGUCUGGCUCGUAUGAGGACAUUGCAAAGAUGUUUUCCGAAAUGGGACUUGCGGAUUCCAAGCGUCUGCAAGACUCUAUUCGAAAGACACUUGACGCUGAGUCUGCGAAAGCCAAUCCUAAUCACGAUAACUUCGACAACGACGAACCUGGCGCACCAUUUUCUGGGGACGUACAGGCUUCUAGUUCCAGCAGCUCUACGUUCCCUAAUCGGACAUCCAACUUUCCUGGCCAAACGGAAGCACAUUUCGAGGAGAUGGAUGCGGAGUCGCCAAACUCCCUACAAAGGCCAAACAUGCCAGCACGGGGUCGGUCUUUCAUCGCUACAGAGAUUCGGCGCAGUUUAGAGGAGGGCAAUUCAUGGUCUUUUGAAAACCUACCGCAAGCAUCUCAACGCAAAGCCGCAGAUACUCCCGAGUCUUGGGAGGACGAUGACACUGAAGACGAGCGACCCCAUCAAGAACACGAAGUGACAUCAGACCAAGAGCCGGAAAGCGAACACAGCAGUGAGAGUUGGCAACAGGUUUCCAAUGGUAAUGUGGAAGACGACUCCGACCAAGCGCUGGAAGGAGCACGCCCACAAGACAAGGGUAAAGCUAAAGCUGCCGACGAUUACACUGAUGAUCUCUCACGUGAUUCGACAUCGUCUAGCACAGACAAUGUUCCCAGUCUGAGUAACGAAACCAACGUAGAGCCCACGACAGAGGUCGACAUGUCUUCUAAUCACGCCGAGCAUGACUCUAAAAUAAACGAGGAGCAGUAUGAAUCUAACCAAGGUCAACAACCCACGGUCGAAGACGCUACGGCGGCAGGCCAAGCGGCACCAGUGGAGCCUGUUCAAGCUCCACAGAAUCCCUUCAACCUCGUUCUAGACUGGAUGUUCGGCGAUGUAGCACCUGCAGUCCAAGUCCCUGAGGCAGGCGGAAAUGAUGAGCAUGUCGUUCGCAAUAUCGCAGAAGAAGCACCAUUUGUGCCCUUUGUUGGAAACGAGCCACGAGAAAACGGUCAUGCUCUGAUCCAGGAUCCUGAAGUCGCUGCCGCUGCCGCUCAAGCUGGAAUCGAUGUCAAUGAUCAGGAAGCAAUCGAGGACGCGGAGGACCUAGAAGGCAUUCUGGAGCUCAUUGGCAUGCAAGGCCCCCUCAUUGGCCUCUUCCAGAACGCCCUGUUCAGUGCCGUAUUGAUCUCAGCCACUUUGUCUAUCGCGGUAUGGUUGCCCUACCUAUUGGGUAAGGUUGUGAUACUGUUCAUGGGUAGUCCCAUCUCGCUUUUCAUUAAACUACCCCUACAGCUAGUCGCCACGAUGACAGACCUCAUCGUAGAUGUCACCCUGUUUUUGUUUGCGGGAGCUACUUAUUGGAGUUCUCAAAUCAUCUCUACGCUCGUAGGUCUCUGCUCAUGGGGCAGGCUGUCGCAGGCUGUGGAGGGCCCGCUCCGCGCUAUCUCCACCCCUGCUCAGUCCCUUGCGGAGAGUGCCUUGGAUCGAAUUGGCAAACUCAUCGUAGAGUCACCGCUAACGCCUCGACCCGACUACUUCCGGCUAUCCAUCAACUCGCAUGCGGCACUGCGAAGCCUGCAGAACUCGACAUCAUUCGCAAUGAACGAAACGAGCAACUUUGCAAAUAUCAUGUUCGAAAAAGCUUCCGCAGACUCUGCACCCAGGCUCACCAUGAAGAUUCUUAGUCAGUUGCCACACUUUGUCCAAGCCGGCCUGACGACACUCUACAGUCGAUGCAGCGCUCUGCUCGCAUGGGUCUGGACAUCAAAAUCGUAUAAAAUCACUUUCGACUUCGACCUCGGCCAGAACACGACAGCUGCGUAUACAGCGCUGGAGCGCUGGACAGCGAGUGAUCGCAUGAUUGCUAUCAUGGCUGGUUACGGUUUCUUCGCCAUGGCCGGUGCCGUGUAUCUCAAGCGCGGCACUCCGUUCAGCACAUCACAACAAGGGCAGAAGAUUGAACAGAUUGUUUCUGAUAUCCUACAACAAGCAGGUGGCGUUCUGAAAGUGAUCUUGAUCAUCAGCAUCGAAAUGCUAGCAUUCCCCUUGUAUUGCGGUCUACUUCUCGACCUUGCCAUGCUUCCACUUUUCAAGGACGCCACGCUUUACACGCGAUGGCAGUUUGCGAGGGAGAGCCCGUGGACAUCUGGGUUCGUGCAUUGGUUCCUGGGCACCUGCUACAUGUUCCAUUUUGCACUCUUUGUGUCCCUGUGCCGCAAGAUUAUGCGCAAGGGUGUGCUCUAUUUCAUUCGCGACCCGGACGACCCGACAUUCCACCCAGUUCGCGACGUCCUCGAGCGCAGCGUCACUACUCAGCUUCGUAAGAUCGCUUUUAGCGCACUCGUGUACGGAGCGCUCGUCAUCGUCUGUCUCGGCGGCGUGGUGUGGAGUCUCAGUCGCGCUACCUCCGACGUCCUACCUAUCCACUGGACGACCGAGGCACCAUCCCUAGAGUUCCCGCUCGAUCUCUUGUUUUACAACUUCCUUACACCAGUCAUCAUCAAGUUCUAUAAACCCAGCGAAGGUCUGCACACAGUCUUCCAAUGGUGGUUCAAGAAAUGCGCUAGCUUCCUACGCCUAUCGAGCUUCCUUUUCGGUGUCAAGGUGACGCAGCAAGAAGGUGACGAUGGCAAAUACGUCCGCGCCCCAGCAUCGGAUCAAGCUCGUAUCCCGAAGGGCCAGCCUGUUUUCGUUGAAGUUGACAAGGACAAUGUACGCAAAGACGGCAAGACAGAGGGCGGCGUACACAAUUCGGAUCUUGUGACGGUCGUGUAUAUACCGCCUUGGUACCGCGUCCGGAUCUUCGCUUUUGUGGUCACGAUUUGGAUCUUCAUGGGCAUGUCAGGAGUUGGUGUGACGAUCCUUCCGUUGCUGUUUGGUCGCUAUCUCUUCUCUCUAUUCCUACCGCCUACGGUCGAGAUGAACGAUAUCCACGCCUUUUCACUAGGUAUCUACACUCUCGGUAGCCUCGCAUACAGCGCCUACCACGCGUACAAACUCAUCUCCAGCCUGAAUCGACCAGUCACGGACCCCAUGUCUACGCUGCACACCGUAGGAGCCACAACCUCACGAGUAGGACUACGCGUCCUUCGCUUUACAUACGUAUGGGCGAGUUUGAUCUUCGCUAUUCCCUUCCUCUUCGCUGUCCUUAUCGAGCUAUACUUCCUUAUGCCACUGCACGCGUACCUCGGUUCUACAGAACCGCACGUCGUUCACCUGAUUCAGGACUGGACACUCGGCUUCCUCUAUGCACGGUUAACGGCGCGCAUCGUCUUUGCGAACCGUAACAGCCGACCUGCACGCGCAUUUACUGCUGUAGUCCGUGACGGCUACCUGUAUCCCAAUGCAGGUAUCGCGACGCGCUGCUUCUUACUUCCGGUCAUGGCAAUGUUCCUUGUCGCUAUCGCCAUACCCUCAUCUCUCGCCUUCGUCACAAGUCGAACCAUGUACUGGGGAGCGAGCCAGGCGACCAAGAGUAUGGUGUGGCGCUUUAGUUUCCCAGCUGUUGGGCUCAGCUUGGGUGCGAUGUGGGCGAGCAAGGAGGUUGUUAGGUUGCUCGUCAGGUGGAGACUAGUGGUCAGGGAUGAGGUUUAUUUGAUUGGGGAGCGACUGCAUAAUUUUGGGGAGAAGAAGGCCCCGGUGCAGCCUACUCGUCCGGUUGAGGACAAGGUAGCUCAAGGGGCGACCGAAAGCGUAGCUACACAGACAGCUUAG